AUGUUUAGUUCAACAAUGACUUUUUAUUAUAUUUCAUUAGACAAAGUCAAACCAAUUGAAUUAAAUGAAGAAGGUAGUGUUGACACACAAAUUGUAUCAAAUACUCGUCUUGCUCACUUUGAAGAUACAGAAUUGAUACUUGAUAUACAAAAAUUAGAAAGUCUUGGUUUAUCAUUACAAGAAGAACGUGUUCCAUGGAUAUUUUUCGCAACAUUUUCUAACCAAUUACAGCAAUUAGCAAAACAUAUUCUUCAUGAAAAUUAUAUUUUUUUUCUAUGA